CUAAUAACUUGAUGGAGAUUGCUCAAGACAGAGAAGAGUGACAACACUGUAACGAGGGCCUGUAACUGUAAAUUGCCUACAUUUGGCGUAGUUCUUGUUUAUUGUUUUUGCUUUUACUUUUGCCAUAACCUAAAAAAUAUUUCAUAAUUCGAGGUUUAAAAUAUUUCUCUUACUGCAUAUUAGAACAAGUUUUUAUGAAGAAAAUUAAAUUUGAUUUUUAAACUAUGACUACAGUCGUGACUACACCCGUAGCGCUUUAUCAAUGCAGAUUAUGUUUAAAUAAAACUCCAAGCAGAGUUAACAUAUUUGGUGGAGAUUUUCCCCGAAUGCUAGACGUAUUAACAUCCAUAAAGGUACACGAAGAGGAUGGCUUACCAAAAUAUAGUUGUACAAAAUGCGCAAAAGACGUUCAAAUGGCUUUGAUGGUUAAGAAACGCAUUAUAAAGGCACAUCAAUUACUAUCAGAAGCUCUAAAAAAGAAAAGGGCAGUAUUUCAAAGGGUAGUGAUAACCCCUGUUGUUAAUAAAGUUGAAUCUUCAGUACCAAAAAAGACACCCACUAAACAAAAGGUGGUUUCUAAAAAAACUAUACCAAUAAUUAAACAAAAUCGAACCCAACGAAAACCAAAAUUAGUUGACAAUUCAAAUGAAGCAACAACAAAUGAAGAUGAAAAUGAAGGAAGUGUAAAAUGUGAUAUAAAAAUUGAAGAAGUAGAAACAAACACAAUUAAAGAAGAAAAGGAAUCACUAGCUCAAGAUGUACACGAGAUACUUGAUGAAGUCCAGAAACGUAUUAAGAGUAAUGGCUUUACUUGUGAAACAUGUAAUUUAACUUUUUCAGACAAACCGGCGUUCUAUCUGCACAGAUUAAAACACAAAAAAGGCAAAUGUCAUAUAUGCGGCCGAUUCGUUAGAAAAGACAACUUAAAGAAACACAUCAUGUUGCAUACAGCAGGUCCAUCAGUUUGUUCUACUUGUGGAGCAACGUGCAAAAAUUUUGAAAGUUUAAGAGGUCAUAUCUUUCAUUACCACAAGCAUACUGCUCAUCAGUACAUUUGUGAAGAAUGUGGUAAAGGUUUUCGAAUGAAAAACAAAUUCAUAUUGCAUAAAAAAAAGGUUCAUAUGGGUCUAAGGAACUUUAAAUGCAGUACUUGUGGAAAAGCUUUCUUUACCAAUACCGAUUUAGUAAGCCAUGUUCGAAUGACUCACGAAAAACUGAGACCUCAUGUUUGUGAAUAUUGUGGUACUGGCUUUUCGACUAAACAUGUUUUAAAAACUCAUAAAAGACAACAUACCAAUGAAAAACCGUUCGUUUGUAAUCACUGUUUCGAAGGGUUUAGACAGCGGGUUUCAUUACGGUCCCAUUUAAAAUCAAAACAUGGAAUAGAGGAAGUCAAGGAAUUCAUUUGUAAAACUUGUGAAAAAGGUUUUGCUACAGAUUACGCAUUGAAUAUACAUCAAAGGUUACACGCAACUAAAAAGUGUAAAAUUUGUUCAGAAAAUUUUGGUGGAGAUGAAUAUCUGACAAAACAUCUUAGAGAAGUUCAUCAAGUAAAAGAAGAGAUGGAACAAGAUAGUUAAGAUUAUUUUUGGUUUGUUAUGUGUCCAGUAUCUCUUGAAUUUUCCAUUUCCUUGUGUAUAUACUGAACCGGUCUAGACUAACGUUCAAAUGUCUGUCACAGCUUCGCUGGGUGUCCCACAUUGGAAUCGUCUGAUUUCUAUGACUAUCUCAAAAAUCAGGUUGACCUUGACCGAUGGUAUGACUUACGUUGGCUUUGUAAACCGCUGUUGUUUGUGGUUAUUCGUAUAGAUCUGCGAUUUAAGAAAACCCCACAAGAAAGGUCAAAUCGCACGAUCUUGGUGGCCAGUUCUCAUCAUUUUCACGUGAGAUGACCACGCCCACAAAUCGCUUGUGCAGAAUGGCCAAUACGAUAUGAGCCACGAUAUCCUGUUGAAACCACAUGUAGUUGUUGUCCAUAUUAUCCAAAACAGGCCCAAAAAAGUUGGUAAUCAUCUACUUAUAGUGCUCGCAGUUAAUGGUGAUGGCCUGGCCAACGUCGUUGUCAAAGAAAUACAGUAAAAGCUCCUUAUUCGCGCUUUCUUUAUUCGCGUUUUCACUAUUCGCGGAUUGAAAAAAUGCGACCUAAUUCCUAUAUUCGCAGCCCAAUAUUUCUUUAUUCUCGGAUCGAAUUUUAUAAUAAACCUAAAUAAAAAGCAUUUGGUACCAUCUGUCAAUGAGUCAGCAAAUCGACUAAUAAAAAAAUAAAAUUGACCUUAUUAUUUACAACUACAGCUAGAUUAAGUUUCCAAAAGCUAUCGACUUAGAGGCAACCUAUCGGUGUUUUUGAGACUGUAAACAAUGAGAAUGUUUAAGUAAAAUAAAACUAUUACUCAAACAAUUGAGUAUCAAGUUCUGCGAGAACUGCAGGUUCCACGCUUUGGUAAGAGCCGCAUUGCGUGUUUAUUGUUUUACUUUUCCAUUCGUUACAAAAAUUGUAAUUAAGUAACACGUCUCUUCCGAUAUUUUCCUAAUUUAUAAUUUUGACUAAAAAAAAUGAAAAACGGGUUUCGAUCCGAAAAAAAUCAGUUUUAUUACUUAAAGUGAAAAUUUUUUGCUCAAUUAGAAAUCCAAUGAAAUCAAUUAAUUUGUGGUCAUCUGAUUGAAUACAACCAAUAAAACCAACAUUAUACUGAAAACAGAUCCCAUGGGCUGUUUUCACUCAAUCAUGUAGCUAUGGAUACCUACAUUUCGUUUCAUUUCGAUUUUGACAUUUCAAAUAUUCAAUAUUUCAAAAUGUCACGAUUUGGUUGUAAUACUGAUGAGAAUAUUAAUGAAAUUAUCGAAUCAAAUAUACCAAAGAAUACUGUUUACAGUAAAAAAUUUGUAUGGAAAGCGUUUAUGGACUUUUGCAAUGAUAGAAAAUAUGAAUUAGAUGGAAAUCGGACGGUGGAAGAAUUGUUAAUUGCACAUUUAAAUAAAUUGUUUCUGCUCUCUAUUUUUUUUUUUCAUAACCAGCAAAAAAUUUUCUAUCCGAAUAACCCUCGAACAUUGAUAAAUGCUCAAAAAUUUUUUAACAACUUUCUCAAGCUUGUUGCUUACAGGCAACAGACCUCCGCCUACGGCGUCGGUCUGUUUCCAAGCAACAAGCUUUCGAAAUCGGGUCUAGUACUAUUCGGCGCCGCCGGUUCGGCGCGGCCGGUUCGGCGCCGCCGAUUCGGCUUCGGCCGGUUCGGCGCCGGCCGGUUCGGCGCCGGCCGAUUCGGCGUCGGCUGUUUUGGCGCCAGAUUAUACCUACGUUACUUUUUUAGAAAUUUAAGAGGCUCUUGAUUUAUAUCUAUACCACACUAAAAAAAUAUAUUAAAUGUUAUUUUUUCCAACUUUUGUAAAUGUAAGCUAUUUAAUUGCACAUAAUUAAUUAAAAAAUUAAUAUAUUAUAUAUAUUAUAUAUUAUACAGUACAAUUUUCAAAGGAGGAAGACCUAACCCUUCGGUCCAAACCUAACUUUCGGGUAUUAUUUUACAUCUUCUAAAAUUAAAAUGUCGAAAAUUGUUCUCCUGACUCUACAUUUUUUGUUAAAGAAAAUUUCAGACUAUCAUACAUUAACAACUAUUUUUUUUCUCUCUCACUUUGCCAAAGUAUCUGUCGCCGAAUCAGCCGGCGCCGAAUCGGCGGGCGCCGAACCGGCAGGCGCCGAAACGCCGACGCCGAAUCGCUGGCGCCGAAUCGCCGGCGCCGAAACGGGCCAUCCCCUUCGAAAUCUGUUAUAAAAUUUUUUCGAACAAUUAUCAAUGUCCUUGGGUUAUUACUACUGAAAAUAGAAAUGCUUGAUCGUAAACAUGAAUCAUUACAAGAACUGAAACCAUACACAUUGAAAUCAUGCUGGAAAAAACUGUGGCCUGUUCUGAGUGCGGGAAAUGAGGAAGAAUCUGUGUAAGUUCAAACUUUAACUGCAAAAAUUGCCGAAAUUGCGGGCGGGAUAGAGGACGAGAUGGGUUCGAACAGUUAGAAUCAAGUGACGUCCAGGAGUUUUUUGAACCAGACUUGGAGGAAAUGUUAAAUUCACAACCGAUUAAAGAAGAGGUUUCAACAAUCACUGAAAACGUGAGAUUUAAUUUUAAAAAGCUUAGUGAAGGUUAAGAAUGCCAAGUCAGCUUUGUGAUUUCUUUAUGAAAAUUGAUCCAUUUAUGGAACGAAGUCUUAUUUUUAAGAGGCAAAUUGCUAAUGCCACUGUUGAAUAUCAGUCUGAAUUGAAGCAAUUUUUAAAAACUACCAAGCAAGAGUUUCCUAAAUUCUUUAAACCAUUGCCUAAAGCUGAAGAUAAUAUGUAAUUAAUCAAUCUGUGUGGUCAAAACUUCAAUUAAACUGAUUUUUUUAGGUAUUUUCUUUUUUAUUUCGUCGCCCAGGAACGCAUCCCCUAUAACCCCAUAUAAAUUACGAUUCCAUAUUCACGGUUUCCGUAUUCGCGGCAUAUUUACGGAACGUAUACCCCGCGAAUAAAGAGCUUCUACUGUAUGGUCCGAUGACGUCGCUAGCCCAAAAUCCAAAACAAACAGUAACGUUUUCGGGAUGCAUUUGACACUCUUUGGAAUCAAUUGGUAUCAACUGUUUUUUUAUGUAUCCAUUCAUCUAACAAUGGGUCUCAUUGCUGAAGACUGAAGAUGAUUUUUCUCUGAAAAUUGAGUCGGUUUCCAAUUGCUCCACGGCCCAUACAGGAUCAGUUGAAUUUUAUAUGGGUGGAGGUAUAAACCACGACGUAAAAUUCUCUGAGUUGUGGUCCGAGAAAGCCCUAGUUCUUGCAAGCGACGUGAAAUCGACUGCCUCAGAUUCUCCUGUACACUCUCACUUUCUUUCGGUAGAUGUUAUGUGUUGUCGACGUAUGGGUGUUGGUCGAUUGUACAGUGUACAAACUUUUAUCCACUACACUGUGAAUAGUCGUCUCGCUAGGACCUUUAUUCCUAAAAUAAACGAAGCAAGCAGAGCGUUAAGCGAACAAAAAAUUUUCUUAAAUCAAUUUUAUCAUUUUUAUGUAUUUUUGUGAGCUAUAUAUAUCCAUGGUGAUUUGACAAAUGAUGAUUGAUAAAUGACAGUCAAUUUGACCAAUGUAGCUUCAAAAAUAUGGCCACUUCCACUGUCAAAGCUUGGAAGUUGUCAUUCGUUAUCAUUGUAGCGCUUCAAUUCCUCCUGGAUACCAUUCAAUUAUUUUUUAUUCUUUUUGUCCAUUCCCAAUUCAGGUUUGGGGUUCUUUCAUAGAUCUUGAUUUCUUAUUAAGUCUCCUAUGCCUGGUUGCAUUAACAGAUUUUAAGCUUAAGACGUGCUUUAAGCUCAGCUUACGAAACAUACGCGUUACGUCAUUGAGUCUUAGAUCAAUUUUCAGCUUGUCAUAAUGGACGUGACUACGAGCUUGUCUACGUGACAAUAAGAUCGAUAAUAAUCGAAAAAUAUGGUGCAGAGUAAGUUAGACCUAAAGCGGCCCUAUUUAUAAGCUGAGCUGGGCUAAGCUGGAGCUUAAGAUUUGUUGGUGCAACCAGGCAUUAAUGAUUAUUCUCUUUAUACUUACUUAAUAACAUUUUAUUUUCGUUUAGGCCACUCGUAAUUGUAUGGUCUUUAAGAGUUUUACUGUCAAUUUCUCUGGAGGUUCCUGUUUGGUGUCAUUUGAUAGAUUUUUAAAAAUAUUGAACACAUGUUUUCCAGUUUUUAGAUCCUAUGUUUUGGAAACGUCCAUGUCCAAAUCAUAUAGGAAAAGUCAAACAAUAAGGAAUGCACGUAAUUUUCCCCUUGUUUCCUUAAUAUUCUAAAUUUGAAAAAAUAAAAUGUAUAGGGAAUAAUCAGAUUUUUUUGACAUGUCAUUCCUAUUACAGCGAGCAUUUCCUUGGAUAGAAUUAGUGACGAGUUUAUAAGACGUCAUUAUAAUAUUUGGAGAGAUUGUAUAUGGUAACUGACGUGUGUCUUAAUAUUGGAGGUUAAAUAUAAUGUCAAAUUAUUUGUUUCAGAUUUUAUUUUAUUUAUUUAGUUUAUUUUAACGACAGCUUAUUUUUGAACCCUUUCUCUUCCCUAUUCUUGAUUGGUCGAUUAGGUUCAUAAUAGUUUUGUUGUACGGUGGGUUUUGUUAGGCGUUAAUUUUAAGAAAUGUUGCUGACUAAAUGGACACAGCUCCCAAAGGCCAUAAAAGAAGAAAAAAAAUUAACAAACAAAAAUUUUACAUAACCUUCUGUAUUACAACAUGACAUUGACACUUAUAUUACAGAUAGUUAUCUUUGUUUCACACUCUUAAAGAGAAAGAGAAAUAUUGUAGCCGGUAGCUGUUUUGGUAAAUACAGUAUACAUAGUUUUUUACUCGGCAACAGCGCUUUUCUUCUAAACCUAACGGUAGCAAAAAAACUAAUAUAGGAGGAAAAAUUGGUUGAAUUUGUUUGUCGUCAAGUUUGUACUGGUAGGUUAUGAUGUCAUUAAAUCUAUGACGUGCAUUCCUAAUUGUUUGACUUUCAGUUUAACAUAUUAUUAUGUCGCCAUAGAUUCUAUGACUAGCCACGUCAUUGAAUGUAAGACGUGCAAUUCGAAUUAGUUGGUAAAAUAUAGUUAUAUUAUGUUUUUUGG